GUAUCGAGACGAAACUGAAUACCAUGGUGCUUCUCCACUUCUCUCCCCUCUUAAGGAAAAAACCAAACAUGUCUUUUAAAAUCUGAGAGCCCCCUUUUUGGUCUCACUGAAAUAUAGAGAGAGAGCAGGUUGGGUUGGAUUGUAGGAUAUGGAGCCCCCAUCCUUCGUAUCGAAAGCGAGGACAGCCUUCCAUUCCGCCGCGGCUAAAGCGGAGCGAGUCCUCUCUGACUUGAAGCAGCCCGAUCGCCCAGAUUCCGAUAAGACGUCGCCGAGGAGUUUUGCCGAGGAUGAGGAGUCCAAGGGUUUACAUGAAUCAAAGGCUUCAAGGUGGAGACCUCCGAACAUAGGGACAAAGCAGGAAUGGCAGGACAGGAAGCAAGAAUGGCAGGAUAGGUUGAGGAAUAUUGGGAAAGGAAAGAAAGGAGUCGAGGAGACAGAGAAGGCUGAGUAUUCGUCCAUGGCGGUUCCUUAUUAUGACGAAAAUUUGUACAUUCUGAACAUGAAAAAUGAUAUGGAAGCAAAGGGGGCAGAUCUAAUACCCUCUGUUGAAAGCUUAGAUGCGGACAACAUAGUGAUUCCACCAUUAUCUGUUAUGAGGCAGUUGGCCACAGCUGUUGAGGCUGGAAAGAAGUCUAAAUCAAUGAAAGAUAUUUUGGGGUCAUCAGUAAAUUCCUCACCAGGCAGAGAGAGGGGAGGUCUGAGUCUCUCUGUAGUGAAGUCAUUGGUGCUUCGUGAAAAGGAUGAAAAGCUAUCUGAUUUUGGUCGUAAUGAGAAAGUCCUAUCGUUGAUUCACUCUCUAUUUGAUGCAGGUAGAUGCAUACGUGGUAAUAUGUGCAAGAUAUUCGCAGAGGGAAAUUUUUUAAGGCGGAAGUUCGAUUCUGGUACAGACGCGAUUGCCACGGCAUCUAUGCCAAAAGAUAUUCAUGGCGCUCCUCCUGAAAGCCUUGUUGUUAAGUUAGCUGAAGUCAUUGGGAGCUUCAGAACCCUUAAGAAAAUGACACUGUUUUGGUGUAGUGUUGUUUCCGAACUUAGAAGACUUUGGUCUGAAGAAACAUAUGUACCUAGCAUCCCUGUGGAUGAGAUUCCAGAUCUGAAUUCCUGCCUUUUGUACCAGCAGUUGCAAGUCAUCAAUUGUUGUGUUUCCAGGAAAAGGCGACGUGAGAUUGCCACCGAAACACUAGACUUUGUAAUUAGAGAAGCCAGUCCAAACGCUGAAGAAUCAUCUGUUCCUACAGACAAUGCUGCGGGCCCUAUUUUGUAUGCUCGAAUAAGCACUGGGGAACUAGUUCUCCGACUAGGUGCUAAUCGCCCAUAUAGUAACCUAAAAAUGUUGGAAACUGGUGAACCUAUGUAUACCCCUGUCACUCAGGAAGCCCCUUUACUUACUGAAGACCUAAUCAAGGAAACAGAGGAGUUUGUGCUUCGCACAGGAAGUGUUGGUGCUGGAUGUUCUCAACUCCUCUCUGACAUGCAGGCUUUCAAGGCAGCAAAUCCUGGUUGUGUCUUGGAAGAUUUUGUGAGAUGGCAUUCUCCUCCUGAUUGGACUGAGGCUGAGCCAGGUACCGAGGCUAUAUCUCUGGAAGGUAAUGAUGUAUCAUCCACAAGAGGCCAAUUAAGUAGCCGAAUGCAAAAAGCAGGAAAUCUCUGGCGUGAGCUAUGGGAUACAUCCAAACCAGUUCCUGCUGUAAAACAAGUACCCCUCUUUGAUGAGGACUUAGCUGUAGAAGGUAUUCUGGAUGGUUUUGAGGACAUAUCACCUUCUGAGCUUUUUGAGCAGCUGUUUAUUUCCUUGCUUGGUUUGGGGUUUCUAAUUGCUGAGACUAAAUUGUCCGAUAACAGCGAUUUUUCAAAGCUGUUCUAUGAAUGCAAGGACUUUGUAGUAUCCACUUGUCAAGGGAAAAUGUGGACAGAGAAGGUUGACGAGCUUUGUCAGGUAUUUGAAACAGUUGAGGCUAUGAUACUCAAUCCAGAGGAAGUCCUAAGAAUGAUGAAGCAGCCGGAAGAAGCCAUGACCCCUUCUUCUAAUGAACCGAAAAGGCGGUUCAGGCGGCUGACCCUCAACUUUGGAGGUAAAGAUAGACAGUUGAAAAAAUCAGCUUCUAAGGACCAAAAGAACUCACAAAGCCCCGGUAGCCAACCAUUUUCAAGUUUCUUUGACAACAAGUCGUCAUUAUUUUCAAAAAAGCCUCCUAAGCCUGAAAAUGCAUCCCCUGUUGAAAAAUCGUCACUUACAGAAGACAGUGAUUGGACAGUUGUUUAGAUAUAACACUUUUUAUUUUAUUUUUUCAUUAUUUUUAUUCGGUUACUUUGGUGGUAAAUGUAAAUUGUUUUACAAAACGAGCUAAUGGGGGUUUCCAUUAGCCACAUCCAAAAUUAAUUUCUUGUUUGAUUACAGAGGAAUGAAGAAUGAAAAAGAUUUUUUACUGGUA